CUAUAGGUCUCCUUCUUGAGCAGGGAGUUUUGACCGUAAAAACCUCCAGUGUCCCUUCCAACUCUAUUAUUCUGUGUCCUGUGACAGACAGAAGACUGCCAGUUGAGAGGGAGGCCAAGAAAAGGAGAGACAGGAGCUGCUGCAAUUAAGGUCUGGGUUCAUUCCAGUCCCACAACUUCCACAGCUUCAGGCUUUGCCAGCGCCCAGAGGCCAAGGGUUCCUGGGAGAGGCCACAUGUCCUAUGAGGAAGUUCACCAAGAAGGGGAGACCAGCAUCAGAUGAAAAAACUUCCUAACACCCCUGGGUCUCCAGUUCCAUUGUCUGAGGGGGGGGGGGGACGGGGGCUACUUUUCUCACAUGACUAGCUCUGAUCCUUGCCAUUGGCUCAAGUGCUGCAGGGAGGGGUACUCUUCCGCCCCUUCCUCAUUUUUGGAGGGGGAAAAGCUUAGGGUACCUCUGCUUGCUGCAUAAGGUGGUCCAAACAGGAUUGCCCCAAAACCUGCCUGGAAGUCUUGCCAGUUUUACUUCCCUGCCUCUCCUAAAGGCCUUCAGGGCAGCUGUCCUGUGUUUGUGGUCCAUUAUGUCCUCCCUGGCCAGCCCAAGACCACAUCAACAGAAACACAAGCUUUGGAUCCUGGGCCCUCUGCCUCUGUCCCUCCACUGCAGCAGCUGACAACUAGCACAAUAAAACAGUAGUCAGGAAACCACAAUUAUUAUUAUUAUUAUUAUUAUUAUUAUUAUUAUUAUUUCUAAAAAGGAUAAAAACAAAGCACAGCCGUAGUAAAAGGACUGAUUCCUGAAGGGCUCCUUGGAUGUCCGCCCACGUCUGCCCUCCUGUCUUAGCAUGCCCAGGUGGAGCUUACUUCUGUCCCGAGACUGGAAGGCCUUCCAUUCCAUUCCAUGACUCUCCCCAUCCAGGCACGGUCAAGACUUCCUGCCCAUCUCUGUCCCAGGGAGCCUCUGGCUGAGAUUCAUGCUGACAGAUGGCCUCUGCAGUGGCUUCACUCAGAUUUGGGGUUGGGUGGGCAGAAUAGCUGACUCCAACCACAGCAGACAGCGUAGACCAGCACAGUUGCUCAUACUGAAGACCCCGCGCCACCCAUCAAGCUGGCCAAGAGUAACCAAUGCGGUGCCAGUCUCAGGCCCAGGUCUGACCUCUGACUGAGAGUGAUCCAGGGCCCCCAUAACUGCCACCUCAUAGGGGUGCCUCUUCUGGUUGGGGUAAGCGCAGAGACUUUUCCAUGUUUUUGCAUUAAACGCUCGAAGAAGUUAGACUUUGCCACCAGCCUUGGCUGCCUCACUCUGAAGAAUUCUUUAAAAAUGGUCUUUCUAGUGGCUUCAAUUAUCCAUUCCUCUCAGCCUCUCUUCUCUUUCCAUUCGGCCCCAGUUCUGGUCACCCGUUAAAAUCAGGGCCUGGCGUUAAAAAGCUUCCUCCCUUCCUUUGUCGAUCCUUUCACCCAGUCAGAGCCUCCCUCCACAAGAGAGAGUUUCAGGGUGUCAAACCACAAAGGUGGCUUUAACACUCUUCUGUUUACAACAUUAUCCUAUUGUGCCAGGGGUGGGUUGCUCAUGGUUUUACUCCCUCUUCACAACCUGCGCGCCUGCGUUGUUCAAUGUAAAUUGUUCUUUGCGCAGAAAAAUCUACAGUGAACUGCGCACGCACAGUCCCUAAAAACCAAUAUGGCGGUGACCCAGCGGCAGUGGGAAUUACAGAUUAUAUUUAUCUAUUCUAGUUAUAGAUGACUUUUUGGCUGUUAGGAGGCCAUGUCCAGAAUAUCAAUUUCUCCCCUCCAAGUCUGUUUUUUAACAGAAAGCUACACCUUUCUAGUCUUCAAAAAAGAAGUCAUUUAUAAAUAAAAGAGUGGCUGUUGAAAGAAAUUUUUGUACACAGCAUUUGGCCAAGCAACAAACGAAAAAAUUGAAGUUUCCCUAGAAGAAUCCCAAAAUUUCAGAGUGAGAUGGGCGACAGAUAAAUUUAAUAAAUAAACGCUUACAAUCCAAAUCCAGGGCACAGAGGAGCUACGGGCCCAGGGGCAUCGUGCCCUCCCUUCCCUUCCAAGGAAAUGCUGAGCAGUCCAACGCAGCUGAUGGGUCGGCCUUGGAGUCCCCUGCCUGACCUGGGACUUGUGGGGCCACCUCCCCCCUUCUCAGGACAGCCCUACAAAGGGCUCCGUGAAACAACAGGCGCCAGCGCUCCCUUGCCCAGGCCUGCUCGCCUCUUCGCUGUCCCGCCACUUUUUCUACCAUCUCUUGUUCUAAGGUUGAACCUCCAGGGCCCCAGAAGUAACUGAGCCUCCCCAAAUGGCAACACAGCAUCUCACAGAGGCUGGAACAGAACAGCUGCAGCUUUUCUUUUGCAUCUCCCAGAGAAAUAGCUUUGCAAGCCCUUGGACACCCUUGGUGGGCUGAAACCAAGUCAUCACAUGGAACGCCUCCUCCCUCAGAUAGUUGCUAAUGAAACUCAAUGAAGAGGUGAGGGUAUCCAAAGGAGCACGUUCUUACACGCAACGCUGUGUGUACACAAAUCAUUUAACUAUGACUAGUUGUGCAAGUCACUGGUCUGGAUCACACAAGAGGCCAACCAUAAAAUGGGGUGGUCAACACAGGGACCCCAUGUGGACAGUCCGUGUAGCCCGGCAGACAGUCUGUGGCAUUCAGGCCCUCGGUGGCUGCUGCCCACAUUCAGAACUAGGCUCCAUUAUGGCUUCAAGCGUUGCGAAGACAGGCCUCUAAUUUCACACACACACACAAUGCUGGAGGCUAAGCUCCGGUCCCUUGGGGUGGGUUUCUGGAACCUGACAUGGUCUGCCAUCUUCUUGGGCCAAUACUAAAUUUUGAGCAGCGUGCUGUGGCUUACUCAACAAAUUGAGUGCAGCCUCAGUAAAGCUAAUGCAGUUUUAAUUUAAUGUUAAUUUGAAUUAUGCUCACUCAACAAACAAGGUAUUGCUAAGACGAACACCAACAUUCAUUUAAUUUACUUUAAAUUUGGUUUAAUUAAUUCAACGCAAUCAUGGGGCUAUUGUCUACAUUUUGCCCUUUAGCCACAUUAGGAAUCUCUGUGGCAGCAAAUUUUGGAAGAAUUCCUGGGGGCGAGAGAGCAAUUUGUGAGAAACUGAUCCUGAGAAGCUGAUUCUUCUCCUCCCCCUUGAAGUCCAGGAACUCCUGUAGCUGCCAAGUGGAUUCCCAGAAGACUCUCCAAAUGGAAGCAGGGAGCUCAAGGCAACCAGGUUAGCGAAAUCUGAUCCUGAGAGCCCAUUUGCUCCUCACUAACAUCCCACCCAGAAAGAGGAAUCCGGGGAGAGGAGAGGAUGAAAACCAAAAUGAAGGAUGGCCAUGAAUCUCAACACGCAGUAGAAGCCUCUAGAAGCAUCAGGUUCUUUCCCACCAAACGCCAUUUGGCCUUCCACCUUUCUCUUCUCACUCAUGACAAUUUAUUCAGAUUUUCACCUGGCUCGUAAUUGUGCAUAUUGGGCCCAGGGGUGUCAGUCGAGUGAUCAAAAGAGCACUAAAAUUCCUUAUCUGAAGGGUUUUUCAAUAAAAGUGGCAAACCUCUAUGCUGAAAUAAGAUGGAAAAAUGUAUGUCUGAUAAAUCAUUUAUAACUGUACAGAGUUUAUGAAUCCUUCAAUUAACCAACAUGAGGUUGCCACAGAUGACACAAGGUCGGACAGAAGAUUCAAAAAGAUCUGGGCAGCCUCAAAGAUUGGCCCGAAACAAACGGGAUGGAAUUUAACAGCAGAAAUUCUUCACAGGGACAGGAAAAAGAAAGGCACAAGAUGUGGGGAAAGUUGGCUUGGCAGGAGAAGGAGGGAAAGGGAUCCGAGCCAGCCGCGGGAGGGAGGCAGCCGCCACAAGGGCAAAUCUUGCAGUGCCUCAACUGGAGCACAGGAAGUUACUAUUCCGCCCUGGCCAGGCGCCAGGGAGAGCAUUGUGGGUCCAAUUCUGGGCGCCAGAAGGGAUAGCGGUGAGCUGGAAUUCGGGGGUGGGCUAAUAGGGCGGAGGAGAUUCACUUAAAAGGUGGGGGGGGGCAUGUUUGGCCUACAGAACCGAGGACUGCAAUGCAAGAGCAGCCUCUCCAUGCCACACAGAAGACGGAAUGGACUUACUGUGUAUCCCGCAGCCAGAACUGCUAGAUUAAAAUUGCAAAGGAGGAGAUGGACUUCCUGAGUUCGCAAGCGAUGGAGCCAUGGAGCAGGCUACUUCCAGAGGUGGUCAAGUAGGCAGGACAAAAAGUUACCAAAGCUCCGCUGACCUGUUUUUCUCUCUUGCAGGGCCUGCCAAGGCGACUACCAUGGAAAGGCUGCUCCUGAUCCAGCUUCUGAUGGUGGGGAGCACCGUAGCUCAGGUGGAGUCCUGCCCCUUUCACUGCGUCUGCCAAAACCUCUCCGACUCGCUUAGCACCCUCUGUGCCAACAAGGGGCUCCUCUUUAUUCCAGUCAACAUCGACCGGCGGACGGUGGAGCUGCGCCUGGCUGACAAUUUCAUCCGGGUGGUGGAAGCCCCAGACUUUCUGAACAUGACGGGCCUCGUGGAUCUCACCCUCUCGCGGAACACCAUCGACACCCUCCGGCCCUUUGCGUUCGGGGACCUGGAGAGCCUCCGCUCGCUCCACCUGGACAGCAACCGGCUGAUGGAGAUCAGGGAGGAGGCUCUCCGGGGAAUGCUGAACCUCCAGCAUCUCAUCCUGAGCAACAAUCAGCUGGUCAACAUCUCUGGGGCUGCUUUUGAUGACUUCCUCUCUACUUUGGAAGACCUGGAUCUGUCCUACAACAACCUGCGCCGCGUCCCUUGGGAGGGCAUCCAAGGCAUGCUUUGCCUGCACACCCUGAACCUGGAUCACAACCUGAUUGACUUCAUUAUGGAAGGAACUUUUGAUGAACUCUAUAAACUCUCCCGGCUGGACAUGACCUCCAAUCGUCUUUCCACACUGCCCCCCGACCCACUGUUUGCCCGCUCCCAGAUCGGGGCCAUCAGCCCAACCCCUUACAUGGCCACCAUAAUGCUCAGCUUCGGAGGAAAUCCUUUGCACUGCAACUGUGAGUUGCUGUGGCUGCGGCGUUUGGCGCGAGAGGAUGACAUGGAGACCUGUGCUUCUCCCCAACACGUGGCUGGCCGCUAUUUCUGGUCUGUGCCUGAGGAGGACUUCACCUGCGAGCCCCCUCUCAUCACCCGGCACACCCACAAGCUCUGGAUCUUGGAAGGCCAAAGGGCCACCCUGAGGUGCAGAGCCCUCGGAGACCCUGAGCCGGUCAUCCACUGGGUCUCCCCUGAUGACAAAAUCAUCGCCAACUCCUCCAGGACCGUAUCAUUCCGCAAUGGCACCCUCGACCUUUUGGUGACCACCAUCCGCGAUGAUGGGGCCUACACCUGCAUUGCCAUCAAUGCUGCUGGGGAGUCAACAGCCACUGUGGACCUCAAAAUCAUCCCCUUGCCUCACCGAGGGAACGGCAGCAUCACGGUGCUGCAGCAGGAUCCAGGAUCCUCCGACAUUGCCACCUCGGCCAAGAACUCCGCCAACGCCACCCAGGAGGCUUCCGAAAAGAGAGUGGAGGUGCUGGGGGUGACUGCCACGUCAGCCCUGGUGCGCUGGCAGGCAGAUAAGUCGACCUACGUGGCCUGGAUGUAUCAGAUCCAGUACAACUGCACUGCGGACGAUGCCCUUGUUUACAGGAUCAUCCCCGCCAGCAGCCAGGACUUCCUUCUUAAGCACCUUGUGCCCAGCAUGGAUUACGACCUGUGUGUCUUAGCCAUCUUUGACGACCUGGCCACCUCGCUGGCAGCCACCCACUUGCUGGGCUGUGCCCAGUUUACCACGCAGGAAGCCUACCCAGACUGCCAUUCGCUGCACGUCCACUUCCUGGGGGGCGCCCUGACAGUGACGGUGGGCGGCAUCAUCGUGGCUUCCUUGCUGGUCUUCACAGGAGUCAUGAUGGUGAAGUACAAAGUCUGUGGCAGCGUCCACGGGAGCCUGCCCAGGGUCAGCAAUGUGCACUCACAAACCAAUGGCGGACACCCAAACGGCCUCCUGCCCCAGCGGACAUCCCCUGCGGAGUGCCAGCACGGGCAGGCCAAGAGUGCAGAGCGCCGGAUGGGAGGUGCUAGGCGGGGCGCCCUGGUUUCGGCCAAAGCCAGGCGCAGCAACUCCCUGGACAUGGGAGACGCCUCCUCCAGCGCCUGCUACAGCUAUGCCAAGCGCCUAAGCUUCAUGUGGGCCAAGCGCAGCCAGUCAGUCCACGGGAGGCUGGCGCAGGGCACGCCCCUUGAAGACAGCACCAGCACGCAACCCGGGCCCUUCCUUAACGUGGAUAAAUUGGAGGAAAGCGUAGUAUAGCCCUCAUGGGGGAGGACUGGCGUCCUACCCCUGAAGCAUCUGGGACAGCAACUCCCAAUGGGGAGGCCCAUGGAGGGCGGAUCCUGGCCUCACUUCAGUUGGUUGAGCCAAGCCUCCCAGGUAGAGGCCAGCCCUGCUGACCAGGCCGUGCUUUGCCCAGAGCAGAGCCCCCGAGCCAGCCAGGCUCAGGGCGAGACCUCCUGCAAGCUGGGGAGGGAGAGGGAGAGAAAGAGAGAGAGAGGGAGAGAGGGAGGGAGAGAGAGAGGGGGGAGGGAGGCUUGGAAACAGCUUUUUCUUCUGCAUUUUGCAGCUGACUAAUUGAGAUGCAAAGAGUGACCUGGAUUCAAGAAUCAAUUAUUUUGAAGAGGAAAGAAGACAACUUUUAAAGGAAAAAGAGUUUCCAAAAGAGAGCAAGAACAUGCUAUUCAAUAAGUCUAAGUCAUCAAGGAUUUAAAGACAAAAGGGUUAAUACAGAACUAUUUCAGGCAAGACUGGAUGUUGUCUGUGUUAAAACAGAGGUGUGAAGGCUGGGGGUUGGGGUUGGGGAAUUCAUGUUAAAGGCAAAAUCUGUAUGUGGCAUUUAAUGACCUCUAUAAAUGUCCAUAUGUGCGUCUCUUUUGGCAUAAACGUUACUCCUGGUGUGCAAUGGGGAGGGGGUUCACUCUGCAGAAAAGGGAGGGAGGGAGGGAGGGAGGGAAGGAAGCCAGGCAGCUGAGGGCAGCCCCCCUCCCCCAAACCCCAACUCUGAUCCACAAAGAAGGCAAAAAUUGCUAAGUCGACCUUUGCAAUCCCAUUAAUUGAAGUAAUGCCAAGUGCCAGGAAAACGAGAAGAUCCAGGCAGUUCAAAUGGCUGCAAAGAUUGGUUUCUAGUUCAAACUCUCAACAAGAAUCUGGCCAACUAACGGUCAAAGCAAACUGGCGAACUCAGGGUGAGCAGGACUUGGUUCUCUUGUGGGCACAAAGAGACUCGAGACUGAUGACUCGCUUGACCCCUUCCUCCCUUCAGCUCAGCCUGCUCAUCUCCUACAAGUAACUUCUAAAAGGGAAUUUGCCCUGAAAGGUGAAAUCCCACCUUGGGUGCAGAUGUUUACUGCCUGGUGGGGCAGCGCUACUGUGGGUGACCCAGGGUCUCUCAAAGUUUGCCUGGAGAAGUGGAAUAUUUCAAACUAGGUCAGCUCUCUAGCCUGAAUAACUUUGUUGUCCCUUUCAAAGGCGUUGCAUUCUCCAAGAGCGACAGGUUCAGGAAUGAGGCUAACAAAAUGCCCUUCUGGCCCUUCCAGACUGCGGGCAUCGCCCACUGCUCCUGCCAAGGGGAUCUGGAGGGCAGGGAUCAGUGGCAGCCCCGGAAGGAGGAGCCCCUGUCCUCUGCGCAUGACCAAAUGGGCAAGCCAGAGGGACCUUAUUUCAGAAGGGGUAAACAGUCUACUGCCCUCUCUACCCGGUGGAGAUGGCAAGCAGGCCAGAGGGGACGCUUGGGGAGGCUGAAAGAAGCGAUAGGAGGUGGGGGAGGGGGACCUGACCCUCUGCACAAGGAAGACUCGCGUUCCCUGUUUUUCUUCACCCCAGAGCUCAGUCGGCCGAUGCACAAUCAAGCAAGACAGAGGAGGCUUGAGAGCCCCGAGACAUGUGGCUCUCCAGGAGCCCAAGUGGAGCCAGAGCCUCCCCCACCAAGCGUCUGCUUGAGCCGGCCACAAGCUGUGGGGAAGAAGAGCCCCAGUGGCAGGCAUGGGGCACAGCUCUCCAGAAGGCGGACAUCCCACAAGACUCAGACCAUCAGGAGAAGGCUGGGGAGCCUGGCCUUUCAGGGACGGGGCUGCAGCAGGCAUACAGCCGCCCCCUUUGGAAGAGGAGGGAGGGAGGUAGGGUGGCAGGAGGGCAUGCACAGAGCCCGCCCCCGCCCUGGAGGGGCCAUCUCUGUGGCUGAGCUGGGCAAAGACAGUUCGAGCCAUGGCAGGAUCGACCUGGCCCCAAGCUAAGCUGCAUCAUUCAAAAUCUCUGGGCCCAGCAGGAAGCACCUCUGGGAGGAGGACAGCCUAGAGACCAGAGCAAGAGAUGAAGCCGAGGAAGCUCAGCUCCGGGUGGGCCUCCGGGGCCCACCAUGAGACUCACUGAGAGCCUGGAGGGGCAAAGCAAAGAUAAGAGCCGAGGUG